AUGCCGGGGAUUGCGGUUUAUGCGAUAAAGUAAGCUUCCUUCUUUUGUUGGUGGGUAUAAGUAGUUGUAAUGUUGCUGACAUCAUUUCAUUUCGUUUUCUAAUUGCAUGCUAGUCGUUUCAAUCAUUGCAAAAUGAAGUCCGUUGUAAUUUAUCUGUUUUUCUAUAAUUUCUUUACAAUUUUCAGUUGGAAUACUGUUAGCGCGACCAACGCCUGGGAUGUUAAUUUCAAUUCCAGUGGUUUUACUAAUCAAGCUAAACUUGUUAUCACCGACUGCGAUGCCGUCAACCUAGAGCAAGAAAUCAACCGUGUACUAGGAGGAAUGAAACAUAAAGGCGUGAUUCAACAACCACACAACAUCGCAAAUCUUUCGCACGUCACCUGCGUUGAUGAUCCGUUCAUGGGCAAAGCCAUCAACUUGACACUGUUUAAAAUGGACGAUGUUCCCAAGCACGGACACAUGCAACGGUUAGAAUUGAAGUCGGCCAGUAAAUCAAAGUCCCUUGUUGCACACCGUGACGAAGAAAUAAUUUACAGUUGGUGGUUUUACGUCGAUCCUUCUUUAACGGUGGAAAAACAAACCUUCACCAUCUUUUCGUUGAAAACUGGCAGUCUAGAUUCUCACAACCACUCCCUGGCUUCGUUUUCCCUCAGUAAAAAGCUGGGACUUAAUCUUCGUUUUGAUUUAGACGCCAAAAAUCCGCAUACCACCAAGAUUUUAAUGCUGCCCCUCUCAGCUGUUCGUGGAGCGUGGAUUCAAGCGUUCGUUCAAGUUCAAUACAAGAAAGCGGCUGGAUUCAUCAACGUCAUUCUGAAAGAUAUUUUAGGCCAUCAACUGUUUCCGGCAGCCAAUCAGACUGGAAUCUUUCAUGGUGAUACUUUCCACAGCGAAUGGACAUCCGUCCGACCUAAAUGGGGACUCAGCCGCACAGUAUCUCAAGAUUAUCACAACUCAGUGUAUCUACUCCUUCAAAAUCUUCAAGUGGGUAACCAGUGCUCCCUUUUCUCCCAAAACGGUCGCAUCUGAACAGGAUCUGACAUCUUCCAGGGUUUUUCAAGUGGUUGACCGAAAGGCUGGUUGACACACCAGUCUGGAAACAUGUUGCCACCGACCGCAACAUCCAGGAUGAAAUGAAACUGCAGGAAAACCACCAGACAGUGAAUAUCCCAUUUUUUUACAGUAUUAAAUAAAAGUUGAGACCAACUGAUAUUACCGGAUGAUCGAAAGGGGCGAUUCGAGUACCGUUACCCGUUAAAUUCCAAAUAUUUUCACCUUCAAAACCACCCAUUUCCCAGAAACCGCCAGGUGGUGGAGACAUGGAACCAAUUAGUACGUUGUCGACAGAAAAUUCAAAGCCAGUUGGCGACCAUUCCAAUCCAAAUAGAUGGAAAUCUGAAGAGAAAUCUGGAUGGCUUAAAACUCUGAAAAAGAAUUCCGUGUACGAUUUAUCCUCCACCUGAAUCGUAUUUAAAUUUUUACAAAAUUUCCAUACUUUGGCCAGUACGUCAUUCGGUGGCCGUUAUGCUGAGCGUCUGGUCCCCAGUGUAAGGUGGUACCACUGAGUUGCCUUCCAUAAGGCUUACCGUUGCAAGAGAGAUUGGUGUUAGUUCUGACUUCCGUUAGAUCGAUCUCGCCCGAUCGCGGAUUACUUCCGUAGACCGAGUCGGUAGGCGACAUCCAAACAGCUUUUUUGUGUCGUAAUCAAGUAGUAUAAAAGCAAAGUACUUUUAGAAAUUAGAUGGCAUAAUAAGUGCACUUUUUACCUGGCCAUAUCCAGUCGCCUUUGGGCAUUUUAGCGCGAACUUCCACAAUACCAUAGGUAAAACUGAACGACUUUUUCGUGUGAAUCCGAGCGGAUUGAAUCGGUUGAAUUAUGUCAUCACCGGCCUCU